AAGGGUUUCCUUGGACUUUUUCUCGCGAGAAAGCAACGCAAAACGGGCGAGAGGCACGCGCGCCGAACGCCGUCGACUUUGACCGCCGACGAGCUGCGGCCCGGCUGUUUUUGCUCCCGUACAUGCACUGCGCCGGUCAAACCUACCCCUUCCGCUUCCGGCCAUGUCCACACCCAUAGCAGAUAUAUGCAGCAACCAGCCCGGCCGAACAAGCUAGCUAGUGUACAGAUCGACCCAUCCAUAAUCCAUCCAUCGCCAGCAAUAUAAACCCUACUGCCUGCCGGCGGCAGCUACUGUUCAUCGCCGAUCACCUCUAGCUAGCUGCCGGACAUAAUAAUGGCCAAUGGCGGCGGCUGCCUCCUGGCGCCGUACUUUUGCGCGGCGCUGCUGUCCCGUCGCGGGCGGCGGGCGGCGCGGCUGGUGCUGUGGGGCGGGGAGUCCCGGGCGGCGAGGCACGGGAAGCUGGCGGGGCAGGUGAUGCUGGACUUCGCGGGCACCGUGGUGUGCCGCGCCGACGCCUUCUACCUGGGCCGCCCCGCGCCCGUGCUGGCCAUCGAGGACCGGCUCCUCGCCGGCGGCACCUACCUGGUGCUCCCCGUCGAGCGCCUCCCGCAGGGCUACGACGCGCUGACUGCGGCGUCCCUCGCCGCGCUCUCCUACGACAGGGCCGCGGCAGCCGGCGGGGGGCCGUCCAUCGCGGGCGGGCCGAAGAGCCCCUUCGAGUACGUCAAGGGCGACGACGGCCGCACCGUGAUCAAGGUCACGCCGGAGUUCCUCAUUGGGGCCAUCACGUCGUCCAGGGCCGCCGGAGCAGACAGAGAGGGCGGCGGCGAGGAGGCGUGCGCCGGGACGCUGUGCAGCACCCCCGAGCUGCGGAAGCACUACGAGCAGCUGGUGGGCGCCGGCAGGGGCGCCCGCGCGUGGUCGCCGCGGCUGGACACCAUCAAGGAGCGCAAGGGCAGGCGGGGAUUCGCGGCGGUCAGCCCCGGAAGGCUCUCCCCCGUCGCCGUCAGGCUCCUCAGCCGCCUCGACGGCAAAGGAGAUAGAUAGUAGCUGCUAGCGUGCGGCGGAGCUGCACGUAUCUAGCAGCAUGGCCAUGGAGGUGCAGUGGGAAGCUUGCUCGAUCGAGAACAGCUAGCAAGCUUGGUGAUCCGUGCCCGUGGUACUUGGUCGCCGGUGAAGCAAUUGGAUCCGGAGGGAGCGAUCAGCAGCAGCUGCUGCUGCUGCUAGAUGAUUAGGUAGUUUAGUGUGGAGUAUGUGCAAAGUGCAGGCCGGCAAUCUCUCUUGUUUUGUCGGAGGAAAUCAGCUGUAUAGAUGCCGAUCCGAAUUCCAUCAUGAAUACACAUACAGUACAGGCAUGCACGCAUGUGGGCGUGUCUCUGCUGCGACCGGAUCGGAAUCCCAA